CACGGAGAGAAGAGCAGAGCUUAGUGGCGAGGCAGCAGUGCAGCUGACACGAGUGAAGGGACACUGGUUAUUUCCACCACCUCUCUCUUCUCACAGCUUAACCUGCGCCUUCCAAGACGGACUUGGACAUCGGGACUCGAGGCUGUACACUCACCCACCUUUGGUUUUGAACUCGUUUGAUCAAUCAGCAGACCCUGUGCUGGUGGUGGUUGAGGAGCGGGGGGUUUCUCGUUUCCCCCACCGUGGACCGAGGAGUUUUGUGUGUGUUUAUGUGUUUUACGCGUUGCUUGUAAUGAGGAAAAGUGGACUGAGAAGUGGAAUAGGACACGGGGGUUGCAGCUUGGUGAGGAUGUGCGCCACGCCGGGGAUCCUGGUUCUCCUUGUGCUCGCACACCGAGCAGUCGCCCAAGUGAGAGAUGAUGAUGAUUUCCUGAGUCUGAGCGAACUCCCGGAAACCUUCCCCUCCGACCCUCCGGAGCCUUUACCUCACUUCCUGUUUGAGCCCGAGGAAGGCUACAUUGUCAAGAAUAAACCUGUCAAUCUCUACUGCAAAGCAACGCCUGCCACACAGAUUUACUUCAAGUGCAACAGUGAGUGGGUCCACCAGAAAGACCACACUGUGGAGGAGAGAGUGGACGAAAACUCAGGUCUGGUGGUAAGAGAAGCCAGUAUAGAAAUUACCCGACAGCAGGUUGAGGAGCUGUUUGGUCCUGAAGAUUACUGGUGUCAGUGCGUGGCCUGGAGCUCCGCUGGAACAACCAAAAGCCGCAAGGCACACGUCCGCAUCGCAUAUCUGAAGAAGUCAUUUGAACAGGAACCCCUGGGAAAGGAAGUGUCUCUGGAGCAGGAAGUGCUGUUACAGUGUCGCCCUCCUGAGGGCAUACCAGCUGCUGAGGUGGAGUGGUUGAAGAAUGAAGAGAUAAUUGACCCAGCAGAGGACAGAAACUUCUACAUCACCAUCGACCACAAUCUGAUCAUCAAACAGGCGCGUCUGUCUGACACGGCCAACUACACAUGUGUGGCUAAGAACAUAGUGGCCAAAAGACGGAGCACCACAGCAACUGUCAUUGUUUAUGUGAACGGUGGUUGGUCGACAUGGACGGAGUGGUCAGUGUGUAACAGCCGUUGUGGAAGGGGCUUCCAGAAACGAACCCGCAGCUGCACAAACCCUGCCCCUCUCAACGGAGGACUGCCUUGUGAUGGACAGGCCAUACAAAAACUGCCCUGUACCACACUGUGCACCGUGGACGGUGUGUGGACAGAAUGGAGUAAGUGGUCGGCCUGUGGGACAGAGUGUACCCAGUGGAGGAGGAGGGAGUGCAACAACCCAGCACCUAAAAAUGGAGGAAAGGACUGCGAGGGGAUGGUUCUCCAGUCUCAGAACUGUACAGACGGACUCUGUAUGCAAAGUUCAUUUUUUCAGAAGUCCUCUGAGCCCAAAGAAAAGAGUGAUUUGGGAAUCCCAUCUGCUCCGAGUACAGAUGAUGUUGCGCUGUACGUGGGCAUCGUCAUCGCAGUGAUUAUGUGCCUGGUCAUCUCUGUCAUCGUGGCGCUCUUUGUCUACCGCAAGACACACCGUGAUUUUGAUUCGGACAUCAUUGACACCUCAGCGUUAAAUGGAGGCUUCCAGUCUGUUAAUAUCAAAACAGCCAGAUCAGCUGAUCUACUGACAGCGCCUCCUGACUUGACAAAUGCGGCUGCCAUGUAUCGUGGUCCGGUUUAUGCCCUACACGACGUUUCAGAUAAAAUCCCAAUGACCAACUCUCCUCUCCUGGACCCUCUACCCAACUUGAAGAUCAAAGUCUACAACUCGUCUGGCCUUGUCACACCACAGGAUGACCUUGGAGGAGACUUCACAUCCAAACUGUCUCCUAAGGUAACUCAGUCCCUGUUGGAUAACAGCGAUACCAUAAAUCUUCGCAACCAGAGCUUGGCCCGAACACGAGACCCUUCCUGUACCGCUCACGGAUCCUUCAACAACCAGGGAGGACACCUCAUUGUACCCAACUCUGGCGUGAGUUUGUUGGUUCCAGCGGGUGCGGUUCCUCAGGGUAGGGUGUAUGAGAUGUAUGUGACUGUGCACAGGAAGGACAGCUUGAGACCCCCGGUAGAGGACAUCCAGACAGUGCUGAGCCCAGUGGUGAGUUGUGGACCUCCAGGAGCCCUGCUGACCAGACCAGUGAUCCUCACCAUCCACCACUGCGCUGACAACGUCCAGGAAGACUGGCUCAUACAGCUGAAGAACCAACUGGCCAUGGGAGAGUGGGAGGAUGUGGUUGUAGUGGGAGAGGAAAACUUCACUACCCCCUGCUAUGUGCAGAUGGACUCGGAGGCAUGUCACAUCCUAACAGAGACACUGGGGACUUACUGCCUGGUGGGCCAGUCAGUCUGUAAGGCAGCCGCCAAGAGGCUCAAACUGGCUGUUUUUGGACCCGUCUCCUGCACAACUUUGGACUAUCAUAUCAGGGUCUAUUGUCUGGAUGACACACAGGAUGCACUCAAGGAGGUUCUUCAGAUGGAGACCCAAAUGGGAGGGAAGCUUCUGGAUGAGCCAAAGACUCUGAACUUUAAAGACAGCACACACAACCUGAGACUGUCCAUACACGACGUGCCACACACACACUGGAAGAGCAAACUCCUCGCAAAGUAUCAGGAGAUCCCAUUCUACCAGGUCUGGAGUGGCAGUCAGAGAACUCUUCAUUGUACCUUUACCCUGGAGAGACUGAGCUCAGCCACCACAGAGAUCAGCUGCAAACUGUGUGUGCGGCAGGUGGAAGGAGAAGGACAGAUCUUUCAGCUCAGCAACACACUGGAGGAGGAGCUCCAGUGCAUAGACACAUCCCUGAUGGACCCAGCCAGUAAUAUCACAACCUUAGUGGGGCCCAAUGCCUUCCGCAUUCCUUUAUCCAUCAGACAGAAGCUGUGUGGCAGUCUAGAUGCACCACAGACCAGAGGCAAUGACUGGAGGAUGCUGGCCCACAAACUCAACCUUGACAGGUACCUGAACUACUUUGCCACCAAGUCCAGUCCUACGGGUGUGAUCCUGGAUCUCUGGGAGGCCCAGCACUUCCCUGAUGGAGACCUAAAUGAAUUGGCUGCAGUGCUGGAAGAGAUGGGUCGCCAUGAUGGUAACCUCACCGCCAUGACAACAGAACACUGAUGAAGCAACGUGGUUGGAGACGAUUACACGUGAAUUCACUACGGUUGAUACUGCAGCAAGGGCAAUGAAAAGAAAUGUUGUCAAAAUGGUGAUUGAGCACCAAUUAAAAACCAUGGUAAUCGUGCCGACAUGGCAAUAGACAGAACAAGGAUGUGCUCGAGCUGGUGGUGGAACUAUGUGUGUAUCUUUGUGUGUUUAUUUGAGCAACGUUGCAGUGUCGUUUGUGACCUAAGGAGAGAUAACCCAACACAAACAGUGUCUAUCGGGAACAAACAAAACAUACACACACUUAAAAACAAAAAAAGACCAUGUCUAGUGUAACACCAGUUGUUCUCUUGCUGUUAUUGUAUACUGAACAAAGAGAAGCAGAGAAAAGAAAAAAUAAGCAACAGAGGUACUGACCUUGAAAACCUCUAUAGGAAUGGAACAGAAUCAUAAACGGAGAGAGAGGCUAAACUGAUUACAAAAGAAUGGGAGAAGGUAGAGUGAGGAAAAUAAGAGAGGGUGACUUGGAGACAAGAAUCUUUAGUUAGAUGAGAGUAAACACAGAGAGAAGCCAAACUGAUUACAAAGAAAGGGAAGGGAAGAUGUGAACAUAAAAUGAUGGAAGAGGACGUAUGUGAUCAUCUGUAACAGGAUGGAAAACAGAUAAUGAGAGAGGGGAGAGAACCCACUCUUCUUUUGUGAGCCUUGUGAGCUGUACAUGUUUGCCAGUACAGUUUGUUGUCUUUAUAUCGUUUCCUAGGGAACGCUCUAUGUAUUCUGCUGUCCAUAUGUGUGGAUCAUUUCCUGCUAACAGAAUUUGCUAAGCAGUGUCAAUCAAGGAUCCUGACCAGAAAUGAGCCCAAGACAACAGGUUUCCCUUUUUGGCUGAGUCACUAGAUUUUGUGCAUCACAGUCAUGGAUUUCCUCCAAAAUGUAUCAAGACGUUAAAUCAUGCAGGUCACAGGAAAUGUAGAAGUCAAAGGCAACUGAACUUUAUGUCCUGUAGUUUUUAACUUAUGACUCUAAUGUUCUUGAAGAAGCCAGUCCUAAAGACGGUUACACCCUUGAUGGAUGCAUGCAAAAAAUUAUUUUUUGUUUGCCAUUUAUAGUAGUGUACGGUUGUGACAGACUUAAGAAAUUGUCUGUUUUGAGGUAUAUAUAAGAUUCCACUUAUGAUAAACAGAUAAAUGAGACAAAGGUGCAGACUGCCAGCUAUUCAUUCUCAUGCAAAAUAUAGUACAGUACAUUAUACUAAGAAGCUUGCAUAAGCAAGCAGCAAAAACAUUUCAGCACCUAUUGGAGGUUUACCACAAGCCAUUGAAAUGAUGAUCUUCAAGCUACAAACGCAUCUCAGCCUAAAAUCAAGUAUUGACAUACUAUUUGCAGUAAUGCUGAUGAUUUAUUCCUCGCCAAAGAGGAGUCUUUUGGUGAUGCAGCAUGGUAGAAUGCCAGCCAUGGAUAUUGCAUUUGGUUAACCACAGAUCCGGGAGUCUCUUUGAUAGAUUGUUGGGGCUUGUUUCUGGACAGGGUCCAACUCAGAGAAAAGAGAGAGGAAGCAAAAAGGGAUGAACUCGAAAUGAAAACACAAUUGUUUUAACAACAAUAUAACAGUAAUAUACACAGUACCAUAGUAUUAUGUGCUAGUGAAUAAAAUAAAGCUGAUAUCAUUCAUUACCGCUAAAUGUACCCAAUAUACAGAUUUUAUCAAUCAUAUUUUCAUUUACUAAAAUAUAUAUAGCCUAUAUAUAUAUAUAUAUAUAUAUAUAUAUAUAAUUUUGUUUUAUUUUUUUUUCUAAUAUUUUCAGUGUCCCAUCAUCACAGGAUGUCAGUUGUGUUAUCUGCCAUCAGGCCACAUGUGAUUUCAUUUGUGAUCACCACCAUGACUUUGCUGGUCACUAGCACCAUCCAGUGGCUUUUGAAGAAUAACAGCAUUUACGUUUUCCUUGAUCUUCUGAAACGUGUAAAUACAUGAUUAUCAUGUUCAUUCUAAUGACCUUGUAUUAGCACAACAUUUUUGUUCAGUGGUCAUUAUUGUGUUCUUUUCAUUCACAUGAUUAUUUUUUGUUUCCAUUUUAAUGUUUUUAGGUGGGAGGGAGGAUAAAAUCUGUAACAUAUCAGUUAGUUGCCCUUUUAUCUAAAACAAUGUUCUGUCAGCAACUAACAUUCCAACUGAUGGUGUAUUUAGUUGAUAAAGCUGCAAUUUAGAGCUAAAGGUCGAGAUACCAACUGAAGGGCCUUUGUAAAAUGAAGUGUAAUAUAUUUGUGUUUUGCAGAACAACAUUGAGAACCAAGGACGGCUUUCAAAUGUAUGCAUUGACUCAGGUCAACAGUGUUUGAUGAAAAAAGGGUUGACUCCAAUGAGUCUGCUUUGAGGAAAGACAAGCAGCCUUAUUUGUAGUGGCUUUAGUGACAGUGUGAACAUUUAGUUAAAAGAAAACGUACAUGUAAAAUAUUCAAAUUCAGAUAUUUCGUCUCUGAACCCUGGAGAGACACCAUAUGAAACUGACCAUCCUCUAUGGAGAGGAGAUAUUGAAGAAGAUAGUGUAAAGAAAUCCAAGUGGGCUGACAAACAAAGGCUGAGUUAACACCUCUACUAAAGGUCAGAUUCUUACCUCUUCAUGACAGAUUUCAUCUUGUUGUUGUCCACACUGGAGGAAACCCUGAGACAUUGAUUUUUCACAUAGAUUUUUCUUUCUUUGUGUAGAUGGUCAGAAAUAUGUGAGUUGAAAAUCUGACCUCUUAUAUCGAUGUAAAACCAGAGGUAGUGGACACAGGGGCCGCAAAAUUAAAUAUGUUUUCAUUUUGGAUGGCCUUAUUAAACAGAUUAGAAAAGGUGUGUGGUUAAAUGACAGAGCAGAUGUUUUGUAUACUUUUUAAAAAAAAAUUCAACUGCUGUUGUCAGAUGUGAGGAAAUCAAAAGGGAAGAGUUGUGUGAAUUUUGAGGAUAAAAGCCUAAAUCAUCAAGUCAUCCAUUCAGUUUGUUUCAGAACAAAAUAUGAACCCAAAGGUCAUGACAGUGUCUCUUUCAAUGUAAUCACCAACAUCCCUCAUGAACUCAAAAUGCAGAAUACAAUAUUGAGAAGAAAUUAAAGUUAUCAGUUACUGUGUUCUGUGUACUGCGUUCACCCAAAAUCGGAUCCUAGCCAUGUUCCCAGUCUACGGUUGUCCCAGCAGAGUAGACUGUUUGUUAGACUGAAAAAGGGGAGUUUUCAUGAGGAGAGCAAAUGUAGGCCUCCAGAAGGUGAACCUUCAUGAUGUGAAAAUGAAGGCAGUAGUGUUAAGAUAUCAAAGUAUGUAAAAAUAUUUUCUAUCCACGGUAUGUACAGUUGUGUACUGUCAGCUAUAUUUGGCAAAUUUGAGAAUAUAAAAAAGAGCAGUACAGUUAGAUACUAGUUUGUAUGUUUCAAGUUUUUAUUUAAGUUCCUUUCCUUUUUUGUAAAAGCAGUGUCUACUAUGCAAAUUUGGCAUUGGUUAUCAUGAUAGAAGUCUAUAACUAGAGCUGUGCUUGUAAGUGCAUUUUUAUUUUACUAUCAGGGGUGAUUUGAUUUGAUUAGUGCGGGUUAGUGUUGGUCCAUUUUAGCUAAUUCUGGCACGCUUCAUGAAUCUUGCUCAAUCUUGCUGAAUGCUUGCCUCUCUAUCUCUAAUUGUUUUCUGUACAAAGUGUAAGAAAGAAUUUUUAAGACAAUUAAUAAAUUAUAUUUAUAAGCAACGCUGAAA